CUGGAUAAGCUCAAAGGCUUCGAUCGUACAGCCAAAAAAAAAUGGUGAAACCGAAAGUUUUAUUAUUUCCCGGAGAAGAAGACACGCCGGAGCAGAAACCACCGUCGCCGUCAACCGAAGAUGAAACUCGAGAGAGUAGGGUUUACGGCUCUGAGAAUAUGGUAAUGGGAGGGGAUUCAGUAGAAUCUGACGUUACUGAGCAAAACAGUGAAGGUGACUCGCUGGAGAAGAGGGAAGAACGACUGAGAGUGGUUGAAAUGAAGGAGAAGGAGAUUGGUUUGCUUGAAGAGUCAAUAUCUCGUAGGUUAAGUGUUUUAGAGGAAAAAGAGAUAGAGUCUGAUUUGAGAUUGGUCAUUGAAGCAAGCAUCAUGACAUUGGUGCUUGAGAAGCAGAGUGAAGAUGUGGUAACACACCUUAAAACACAGGAGCAUAAGCUUGGUUUGCUUCUCCAUUCGACGACGGAGAAACUUGAAGAUUUGAUGAGUGAGUUUGACGGAAAGAAAGAGGAGUCUCGCCAGGUUUUUGAGAAGUUGUGUGAGUUAGAGAAGGCAGAGAAGGAGUUUGAUCUGAAACAAAGAGCUGAGACUGAGAGACGGAACGAGGAAAAUGAGGCAAGAGAGAAGGAGCUCAGGGCACUUGAGGAAUCUGUCAAAGAGAAGACUGCUGAAUUGAAGAGAAAGGAGGAGGCUUUUGAGCUGAAACUGAAAGAAGAAGCUGACAGAUUGAAUGAGGAGACUGAACUGAAGAGAAAAGGUCUUGAGAUUAAGGAGAAGACUCUGGAAAAAAGGCUGAAAGAGCUUGAGCUGAAGCAGAUGGAACUAGAAGAAAGAUCAAGACCACAACUUGUAGAAGCAGAGUCUCGGAAGAGAUCCAACCUUGAAAUUGAGCCUCCCUUGUUGGUAAAGAAUGAUAGUGACGCUGAUUCUCUUACUCCUCAAGCCAAAAAACAUAAGUCUCAGGAAGAAAAUGAUGGAGACGUUGAAGGAAUUGUCUGCACAGAUGAAACUGAUGAGGAUCCUAAACCACUAACUUGUCCUGAUACAAAGUUUAAUGAUUUUAGCAAGUCAAUGAGCUCUUUUGCUGUUGAUCAAGUAUGGGCUUUAUAUGAUCCUAGAGAUGAUAUGCCUAGGACCUAUGCCCAGAUCAGGGAAAUUUUUGACUCCCAGUUGAGUUUGCAGGUGACAUUACUUGAACAUGUGAAAACUAAAAAAGAUGAGAAGUCUAUUCUCAGUGGUUGUGGGAGAUUCGAAUAUGGAGUUACAGAGAUCAAGAGCCAUUUGAUGUUUGCUCAUGAGAUGGAUCACAUCAAAUGUGCCGAAGAUGUCAUUGUGAACCCGAGAAAAGGCGAAACAUGGGCUCUUUUCAGAGACUGGAAUGCAAGUUGGAACAGUCAACCAGAUCUGCACGAGCCUCCUUAUAGAUACGACUUUGUGGAAGUCAUCUCCGAGUUUGACGAUCUUAUAGGCAUUCUAGUGGCCUAUAUGGGGAGAGUUGAAGGAUUUGAAUCGGUUUUUAACCGUGCUGAGCAGCAUGGAUGCAUCAAGAUUGUGAUCCCGCCGGGGGAAAUGCAGAGAUUCUCUCAUAAAGUUGAAUCAGUUAAAUUGAGCGGAAAGAAGGAAGAGGGAAUCCCAUGUAGGUCUUUCAAGCUAAACCCUGCUGCUAUUCCGAGAUACUAUCAUGUGCUUGAGGAGGGGGUGGAAACGAAAAUACAAAUUAAAGCUCCAACGGUUGUACAUCAAAAUGGUUCCACAAAAGAUCUGCCCAUAAUAAUUGAUUGAGGGAUUCAAGUCUGGUUGUUCACCUUUCUUAUCUAUGCAAAUAUAUAUAUCUAAGUAUGUAGAGUGCCACUGGUGAUGGCUUUAGAUGUUGCAGGAAGUAGUGAAACUGCAAUCUUUUUGGUUUGUUUCUGUUUUCUCUAUGAACUGAAAACUUCUUUUGUUCUAAAUGAAAGAGAAUGCUUCGA